AUGGGCGGCUUAUCGCUGUGGCUUAUUCCUCAUGAUGACAAACCCUUCGUCAAGACGAUGCAAGAACUGAUCUCUGAAACAAUUCCCCGUCAAUUCGAUGCCAAGACCCACAGCUUCCAGCCUCACGUUACAGUGACCUCCGACAUCUCGGAAGACGCAAUGAAAGGAAAGUCGCCCCAAGAAUGGCUCGACUCCCUCCUCCUCGACGAACUAAAGCUCAAGAACGAACACAACGAAGUCCUCCUCGAGCUCGACACAAUCGAAGCCGAGGAUCCUUUCUUCCGAAAAAUGAACAUCGCCCUGAAAGACAACGAAAACCUCCGGAAAUUAGUCGCCCUAUGUCGACGAGAGUCUGGACUUGAUGAGGCAUUUGCGCAGAAGGAGUAUAGGCCUCAUUUCAGUCUGCUGUAUUCGGAUAUUCCGACGAAGGACGUGAAGGCGAAGGUUCCGCUGAUUGAGAUGAAGAUUGGCUUUGCGCUGGGGGAUCUGUUUGCGUGCUGUGGUGGGGCGUUGUGUUUGGGUGGCAGUAUGGUGUUGGUGGAUACGAGGAAGGAGAUUGAGGAGUGGAGUGUUAUGGCGACGAGGGUGACGCCUUGGGCUAUGUGGAGGGCUACGAGAGGGUUGCUUUGA